GAUUUUUGGCUUCUUGGAGAAACAGUAGAAAAUGCAAAACGAAAUAAUAAAGCCUGCUAAAUACUUCUCAGAAGUGGAGAAGAGUGUGCUGCUUGCGUUAGUUGAAAAAUACAAAUACGUGCUUGAAUGUAAAAAAAGUGAUGCAAGAACUAUUGCUCUGAAACAACGUACCUGGCAAGCACUAGCUCAUGAAUAUAAUUCACAGCCCAGUGUAUCACUGCGAGACUUCAAACAGUUAAAGAAAUGCUGGGAAAAUAUCAAGGCACGGACAAAAAAGAUAAUGGCACAUGAAAGGCGGGAGAAGGUAAAAAGAAGUAUUAGUCCACUUAUAAAUACUCACAUCAUAGGGAAAGAGAAGAUUGCCAGCAUAAUGCCUGAGCAAAUGUACUUUUUGCAGAGCCCACCAGAAGAAGAUUCUGAAUAUCAGCCUGAUGCUUCUAGUCAAGAGUCAUUUGUUGUCUCAAAUAGAGAACUUUGUGAUGAAGAGAAAGAGCUAGUACAUUUCCCAGUAUGUGAAGGUACCUCCCAACCUGAGCCUUCGUGUUCUGAUGUCAGAAUAGCAGCAGAUAAGAACUACAGAAGUAAAGCAUCUCAGGAAAGUGCUCUGAAAAAGAUGCACGAGGAAGAACAUCAUCAGCAAAUGUCAAUUUUGCAACUGCAGUUAAUCCAAAUGAAUGAAGUUCAUGUGGCAAAAAUACAGCAAAUAGAAAGAGAGUGUGAGAUGGCCGAAGAGGAACACAGGAUAAAGAUGGAAGUGCUAAAUAAAAAGAAAAUGUAUUGGGAGAGAAAACUGCAGACCAUCACAAAAGAAUGGCCUGUAUCAUCCUUUAACAGACCCUUUCCUAAUUCACCUUAGAACAUAAAGGGGCA